GUCAUCUGCGAUUUAUGCAAGUUGCGGCCUGACGAGUGAGUCGUCGCUGCCUGCGAAACAAAGCUAUCGUAUUUAGUUUCACGGCGAUAAUGGCGAACACGACUUCUAGACGAAACAUUGUCGGCUCUUUGAUCUCUGAUAUAUUGAUACAAUGCCUUUACAAGCCCCUUCUUAUCUUGCGGAAUUGUUGUAUUCUUUAACCUCCUAAUAAAGUGUUGUUAUCUUACGCACCGAAACUUUGAGCCUUGCUCAUCUAUGAGAAUUACGCUCUCUACUAUCUCCCAUUGGCGCUACGUGUGUUGGCCAGUCCCUGACCGGAUCCUGGCUGUGUGUAACAUAUUACCAAAGCUUCAUAGUACUACCUGUCUACAUUGAGAAGCAAGGAGAAAUGGCUCACCCAUCUCGUCCCAUGGAGGUCCCAAUGUCCCAACAAACUGAUUCUCCUUAUGUUCGGACUCAACAAUAUACUCGCGGCGGCAGGCUACUCCAACCUGCCUACCCAGUGCCAUCUGAAUGGGGUCUUCCCCCUCUAGAGCCAGUUACCUCUGCUACUCAUUUCUUCCCUGAAGGGGAAUUUGUUCCACCACGAUUUUUCGAAGUAAUUGGUCCUGAAUGGUUCCCUCUCGAAGGCGAAUACAAGGAAUGGCGUUAUAAUAUGCGCAGAGAGGCCCAAAAGAUUUUGCCAUUUCUCUACCUGGGUCAAUACCCCUCUGUGAAGGAUAAGAGAUGGCUCGAGCGUCAAGGUUUUACUUUACUUUUGGCUGUCCGAGAUGCGAAAUUGACACACGUCUCUGGCAAGAACGCAGCUGCUGAACUGGGAAUUGAAGCCGAAACUAUUGACAUUUCCCAUAUUCAUGAUCUUGUGUCUAUAUUGCCUCGAGUGAUUCGGCUGAUUAAUGACCAUAUCUCGUCUUCACAUACCCCAGCAUCCAGCCAAUGGCCCCCCAAAAAGAUUUUUGUAUUUUGUGAGACUGGGAACCGUUAUUCGGCCUUGGUGCCAAUAGCGUACCUGAUGGUAAUGCUCAAUCUGAAGUUGUACCACGCUGUGUCUGCGGUUCAUAUGCAGCGGCUUUCCGUUGAAGCAGAUGAAGAUUCGAAACAAAUGCUAGCAUCGUUUGAAUCGAUCAUUAUGGCCAAAAGAAAUGUCGAAGAAGUCAGACGAGCAGCUUUGGACAACACGAAUUUGAUGGCCCCCCUAGGGACUGUGUGCAGAAAAAGGAGUUUUACGCAUCAACACGAGGACGAUGCUAUGGAAGAUGUUAUGGAUAUGGGUACAGAUGGAAAUGCAACCUCUGAGAGAAAGCCUGUAGCUCCAUUUCAGGAUCGCUAGUGGUCAUGCUUCCUUUAGAAGAACCUGGAUAUUUCUUAUGGUGAUAAGCGCCAUGGUGGAAUUCGUGAGGAUGACGUUAACAAAGCCCAAUUCUUUCCUUUAACUCCGUGCACCUUCUCUUUUCAUUGCUUUGUACAAUACAGAUUUAAUGCCCUCGGAGACUUUCGCAUGAUACUAAACUGGUCGUAUAGUCAUUUUUACAAAUACUACUGGGAAAUCAAAUCUCUUUAUCUGAUUCAUCUACACAAAGCAGACUUUGACUUA